AUGUCUAAUAAUAAUGAAGUACCGACUGAGGCGUUUAAGUUUUUUCUUAGACUUGCAGAAAAAGAGGAUUUAUUAACGCACAAUAUUCAUUGGCCCAGUGCUACAUAUUCGGGAAGGGAACUCACAGGGAUGAACACAAAGCGUUUCUAUGAAGCCCAACAUCGAAUGGGCCUCCUAUGCUAUUUUGACAAAGACGAAGAGAGUGCGUUCGAAUGGUACAUGCUUGCUGCAAAGCAAGGAAACGGUGCUGCACAAUUUUCGUUGGGAAAUUGCUAUCGGUAUGGUAUCGGAACAGAUAAAAAUGAAAAGAAGUCAUUCAAAUGGUACUUAAAAUCCGCCGAAGGAGGAUAUAAGUUGGCGUUUUUACCUACGGGAGAUUGUUAUUUGCAUGGUAAAGGUGUAAAGCAAAGCACUGACAAAGCGUGGGCGUGGUAUCAAAAAGCUAUCUAA